AUGUAUUCACAGGCUAAAGCAGGAGCUCAGGCAGGAUCAAAGAGUAUUGAGGCUGAUGGGGAUGACGAUGAAGAGGCGGAGGAGAAUGGCCUUAUCCAGCCAGCUCAAGUGUUUGCCCCAAAAAGUCUCAUUAUCGUGUCCAGGCUGGAUUAUCCCGAAAUAUUCCGGGGGUGCUUAGGGCUGAUCUACACGGUGCACAUCGAUAGCCUGAGCUUCCCUUUAGAGGGUCUGGUGUCCAACCUUUUCACAUUCCAGGUUCCUGUUGCUGGUGGAUCCCAGAAGCUGUUCAGCCUGGGCGCGGGGGACCGGCAGCUCAUCCAGACGCCUCUGAACGACACGCUGCCCGUCACAAGCAAAAGUGUUGCUCUCCUCUUCCAGCAGCUGGGAAUCCAAAAUGUUCUGAGCCUCUUUUGUGCCGUUCUGACAGAACACAAGAUUCUGUUCCACUCCACCAGCUACCAGAGGCUCGGAGAGGCGUGUCGCGCCCUGGAAGCACUCAUGUUCCCCCUCAAAUACAGUUACCCGUACAUCCCUAUUCUGCCCUCGCGGCUGCUGGAGGUGUUGAGCUCGCCCACUCCCUUCAUCAUCGGAGUGCACUCCAUGUUUCAGACUGAAAUCCAGGAUCUGUUGGAUGUUAUUAUUGCUGACCUGGACGGAGGAACAAUAAAGAUUCCUGAAUGCAUCCACUUGUCCCCGCUCCCUGAACCUCUGCUACACCAAACACAGACUUCCCUCUCCCUGGUUUUGCACCCUGAUCUGGAGAUAGCAGACAAUGCAUUCCCUCCGCCUCGCACUGCCCCCUCCAACCUCAAGUUGUUGGACAAGGAGGUGCGAGCCGUGUUUCUCAGGCUGUUUGCACAACUCUUCCAGGGCUACAGGUCCUGCCUGCAGCUCAUCCGCAUCCAUUCUGAACCCGUUAUUCACUUUCACAAGACUGCCUUCCUGGGCCAGCGAGGCCUCAUCGAGAAUGAUUUUCUGACCAAGGUUUUGGAUGGCAUGGCCUUCGCUGGCUUUGUCUCGGAGAGAGGUCCGCCUUACAGAGCCUGCGAUCUCUUUGAUGAGCUGGUGGCCUUACACACUGACAGCUUUAAAGAAGAAGAGAUCACCCCUGCCAAACUGCAGAAGCACAUCAGGUCGUUCUCUGAGCAGCUAUACAGAAAUGAAAACCCAAACCCCCACAUGGCAUUUCAGAAAGUGCCUCGGCCGUCGGAGGGGUCCCACCUGCGGGUGCACCAGGUACCCUUCCCCGUGUUGGAUGACGAAAAGGUGGAGAAGAUGCUGCAGGAGGCCGUGGUGAAACACAGCAGCGCACCUCCUUCUAUACGGCUGGAGAAGAAGUGUGUUGUACCUGCCGGACCCCCUGUCGUGUCCAUUAUGGGCAAGAUGGGCUCUGUGUUUAACAGCGCUCGCAGGCUAGAGGUGGUGCGGGGCUGCAUUUCCUUCAUCUUCGAAAACCAGACCCUGGAGACUGAAAAGACGCUGCCGGCUGCUCUGCGCGCCCUGAAAAGCAAGGCAGCUCGUCUGUGUCUGACGGAGGAACUGAGUCUUCACGUUCAGCAGAAUCGCGCCAUAUUGGACCACCAACAGUUUGAUUACAUCAUUCGUAUGAUGAACUGUGCCCUCCAGGACUGCUCCAGCUCAGAGGAAUACACCGUGGCUUCUGCACUGCUGCCCCUGUCCACAGCCUUUUACAGGAAAUUGGUUGCCGGUGUGAACCAGUUUGCCUACACCUGCAUCCAAGACCAUCCAAUCUGGACCAACCAGCAGUUCUGGGAAGCCACUUUCUACAGCGAGGUCCAGAGUCAGAUCAGAACCCUUUACCUGAACACCCUGGAGGGGAAAGACAGCAUCACUGCCAGGCUAAAGGAUGCGGGCUCCGAGGCUGCGGCGGGCCGAGAGGAGGAGCACACGGCCAUGGACCUGGCCGCGGAGCAGCUGCGUUUGUGGCCCAGCCUGAGCAAGGAGAAGCAGCACGAGCUGGUGAAGAACGAGGAGAGCACUGUGUUCAGCCAGGCCAUCCACUACGCCAGCCUCAUGGUGUACCUGCUGGUUCCUCUGGACACUAGCAAGCUCAAGCUGCUCCGCAACCCCCCCGUCGCAGACUGGGAGAGCGGCAGCAACAGCAUCGUCACAAACAGCAUUGCCGGAAGCGUGGCAGAGAGCUUUGACACAGAAAGCGGGUUUGAGGACUCAGAAAACAGCGAUGUGGCUAACUCUGUGGUCAGGUUCGUCGCCCGCUUCAUCGACAAGGUGUGCACCGAGAGCGGAGUAACCCAGGAACACAUCAAGAGCCUGCACAGCAUGAUCCCAGGCAUCGUUGCUAUGCAGAUGGAGGCUCUGGAUGCAGUUCACAGAGAGAGCAGGAGAUUACCUCCCAUUCAGAAGCCUAAGAUUCUGCGUCCAGCACUGCUCCCUGGAGAGGAGUUUGUGUCAGAGGGGUUGCGGGUUCUUCUGGACCCUGACGGCAGAGAGGAGGCCACCGGGGGUCUUCUGGGGGGCCCCCACAUCCUGCCAGCAGAGGGAGCCCUCUUUCUCACCACAUAUCGCAUCAUCUUUAAAGGCACCCCCCAUGAUCCACUCGUAGGGGAGCAGGCAGUGAUCCGAGCUUUCCCAGUGUCCUCGCUGACCAAAGAGAAGAAGAUCAGCAUCCAGAACCAGCUGCAGCAGAACAUGCAGGAAGGCCUGCAGCUCCGCUCCGCGUCCUUCCAGCUGAUAAAGGUGGCUUUUGAUGAGGAGGUGAGCUCGGAGAUGGUGGAGAUCUUCAGAAAGCACCUGCAGAGGAUCCGCUACCCCCAGUCCAUCUUCAGCUGCUUUGCUUUCGCAGCCGGACAAACAGCUCCUCUGCUCAUCCUCCCAAAACAGAAAGAGAGGAACACUGGCUUCAGGUGUGUGGUGCAGCUUUACAGCAACAAGAGGAUGUAG